UAAAGCUUUCUAACAUUAUUAAGCUUAACAACUUCCGAUAUGAAGGUCUUAGAUUGAAUAAUUUACAACUUGCACUUUCGAAUACAAUAAAUGCUACUGUCGCUAUCACUAAUAACCUCGAGAGAAUUGAGAGUAGCCAAAUUUUAUCGAGAGAGUUCAAUUCCCGACUUACUGUCUAG